GCGUCGUCGAUGAAGGUCUGAUCGGUCUCAGUCGUCGACAGCUAGCUUAUAAGACCCUUCAUUUUUGUUUUAUUUCAAGGGAAGGAAGGAUCACGUGAAUGCAUCGUGGACAGCUUCUCCUUUCGCAGGAGCAGCAUGUGAAAUGCGAUACCUCUUGCCGACGCGCUCUUUUUUCUUCUUCUUUUGGUAUGAUAACACAACCGCGAAACACCCGUCUGGCUUUUUCCAAACGCUCUUUGGGAACACCAACCACACACACAAAAAAAGAAACCGUUAUCGCCCUCGCAAGAUGAAUUUUCGACUGGUGGUAUACGCUGUCUGCCACGUACGAGCUUCCAGCAGUGAGUGUGCCACGUAAGAGCCAAGUGAUAUUUACUCCGUAUCUCGUCGGAUGACCAUUGCUGAGCCAAAGGCGUACGGCAGUUACUGCAGCUGGACAUCGGUGGACGUAGAUGUUAUGGUCAAUCUGAGUCACGGUAGUGCAUUUUCCCUGUUUCAGUGUUGGUUUUGUAAAUUCUGUUGUAGCUACGAAAACGAACAGGGAAACAGCACUCAGAAAGGACAAGGUGUAGCAGAACAUCUCCGGACAUCUAUUUACCAUGACGACCUACAGUAAAAUGAGACAACUCGUCAUGGAUUUCAAUAUUUAUUGGUAUGAGGACGGCGACAUUUUCCUUGGAGUUGAUGAUCCUGGGUAACGUCCCGCAUGCCGCACACAUCAUCACCCGAUUGGGACCAGGAAUCGCCAGCGUUGGUUGGCUGUUCGACAUCGGACCAGUGAUCGCCAGUCAUUUCGUCGUCGGUGGUGGCAGGUAGUUCUCCGGAACCCAAGUCCUUCUACGACUUCCAGAAGGUUGCAACAGUCGGUCCAACGUGUCCGAAGGAUCAUCGUCGUCAUCAUUGCAUCAGUGUACAACUCGGUUUCAUAAACUAAGCACUCAAGACAUCGAAGACAUGAGGAACACGAGCGGGCUCUGGAUGGAGAAGAAAGAGCGAGUUGGAAAAGAGGGGAAACGUCUUCUUUCGCCAGACAUCGUGUUCGGUCAAUCCGAGUAAAAAAAUAAAAAGAAAUGGUGACAUGCCACCUUUGUCCUCCGGCCGAUCGGCAGCACUACACAACAGCGCUGGGACUUCAAGUUCAUCUGGCUAACGUUCAUAACCUUGCAACACCCUGUAUCCCAUUUUGUGAGACACUCUGUACGCUCCGCAACUAUACCAACCGCUAUGAGCUUCAUCUACAUGACAGAGACGACGACGGGCAGGAUGUCAGCACAUUCUUUCAUGAAAACGGACGCUACCUUGCCGGUGUACUUCGACAUUUCGGAUUUCCGUUACGCUUUUAUGUUUUGCUGAAGGCGGAACUCGGUCGACAUACGCCUGAGGAUGAGAUCAUAUUUGUCACUCAAUUUAUUCCUUCGAGUGUGCAUACGCUGUGGUCGGAACGAGACGUAGAACGUGCUGUCAUUGAAGUAGGCACUGAAGUCACCAACAAUUUAGAAAAGCUUGAAAUGCAAGGGUCGGGAUUUUUCUUAUUUCGAAUUCACGCCUGCAUUCUUCAUGUCGGUCGUCUCGCACCACAGCUCAUUGGUUGUACCGACUUUGAAUUGCCAAACGAAUUGAAAAAAAAGUGUCGGUGUCUUCUGAAUGUCGACCUUCACGAGGAUAGUGAACAGAACAUGUGUUUCGCAUUUUGCGUACUUGCCGGUCUACAUCCUGCAAAGGGUUCUUACAGACGCAGAGCUUCAUCCUACAGGUCAUACCUGUCUCAAUAUGUAUUUCCAGAGACGUUUCCUGUAGUGUUCCCGAAAGAUGUAGAAAUGUUUGAGAAGCAGAACGAUGUGAGCAUUAACGUGUACGGUUAUGACAAAGAUGAAAAAUAUGUUUACCCGAUUAAGGUUGUUGACGACCAGUGCAAGAAGCAUGUCGACCUACUGCUGAUUGACUUCCAUUUUGUACUCAUUACUAAUUUCAAUGCUUUGUUCACACCACCUGGUUAUUUUCACUGCAAACGGUGUACGAUGGGUUUCACCACCCCGGGUGUACUCGCCGAUCAUCUACUAAUGUGUAAACAACAAAAAGUGUCCAAGACUAUUUUUCCAAAGAAAGGUGAGACACUGUCGUUUGCCGGAGAGCAUUUGAUGUCGGAAGUUCCCUUCUACUGUGUAUACGACUUUGAGAGUGUACUAUCACCGUGUUCGGGAGGCGGGAAUGUCUACGAGGAACACAUCCCUUCAUCCUUCUGUCUCCUCGUCAUACGCUCGUGCGAUUCGUAUGUCUUGAAGAAACAUAUUUACCGUGGUGCAGACUGCGUUUCCGUUUUCAUGGAACUAUUGCGUAAUUUGCAUGAUGAGCUGUAUGCGAUGUUGCACGAGACUGUGCCCUUGCAAAUGACCCCAGGAGACGAACUCGAACAUUCUGAAGCCACUCACUGUAACAUCUGUAAAGAACCAUUCACUAAGAAGCAGAAAGUGCGAGACCAUGAUCACGUAAGUGGAGAAUUUCGCCAAUCAUUGUGUCAGGGAUGUAAUCUGAAACUGCGGAUACCACGGAAAGUGCCCAUCAUUGCACAUAAUGCCAAUUAUGACCUCGGAUUCAUAGUAGCUCAUCUGCACCUGCUUCGGAAGACAGACAUCAGAGUGAUAGCCUCCAGUUGUCAAAAGUUUAAGGCUAUAGACAUUGGUGUGUUCCGCUUCAUAGACUCGUUAAGCUUCCUCAAUGCUAGUCUCGACACACUGACGAAAAAUCUAUGUGACAAAGGUGAAUCUAACUUCAGGUGUCUGCGUCAGUUUUUCGCAGAGGAGGACUACUUCAGGUUGGUUGUACGUAAAGGGGUUUUCUGUUAUAACUACGUUACCUCUUUUGAACGUUACGACGAGCCCUGUUUGCCAUCACGUGACCAGUUCUUUAACCAACUGAACGGAUCAGAAGUGAGCGAGGAAGAUUACCGCCAUGCGCAAAAUGUGUUUGAAAAAUUUCAACUGAAGAGCCUGGGCGAGUACUCGGAUUUGUACCUUCUGACGGACGCAUUGCUUCUGGCAGACGUGUUUCAAAACUUCCGAAUAUGGGCGUUGGAGACGCACAAAAUUGAACCACUUCAUUUCGUGUCACUCCCGGGACUAAGCAUGUCUUGCGCACUAAAAAUGAGCCGGAUUAAUCUGGAUUUAAUCCACGAUCCCGAUGCCUAUCUGUUAAUUGAACGGGGCCUGCGUGGUGGUAUGACCCAGUGUUCAACGCGAAUGGCCACUGCAAAUGUCCCAGGGACAGAUCAGUACGAUCCCGAAAAACCAAAGACCAUAAUUCAUUACAUGGACAUAAAUGGACUCUAUGGCACAGUGAUGCGUGAACCACUCCCAUUCGGAGACUUUGAAUGGCUGUCACCCGAAGAGGUUGCAGGUUUAGAUGUAACCCUUGUUGCAGAUUAUGCAGACGUUGGUUAUUUUUUAGAGGUAGACCUGGCCUACGUACAAGAGCUCCACGAACGACAUAAAGAUUUACCGCUCGCGCCCGAAAAAAUGAGCGUCCCGUAUGAGUUGCUUUCGGAUUAUCAGAAAGACCUGAUGAAAAAAUUUAACCUCCCACAGCAUGAUAUAGAACCGAAAUUACUCCUUACACUGCUUGACAAGAAGAAGUAUUUUCUUCAUUAUCGCAGUCUAAAGUUGUACCUACAGUUGGGUCUUCGGCUCGAGAAAAUUCACCGGGUGCUCAGGUUCAAACAAAAACCAUUCCUGCGAUCCUAUGUUGACUUCCAUCAUGAACUACGCAAGCAGGCAACCAAUACCUUCGAACGUAACCUGUACAAGAGUUUAAUUAACUCCGUAUAUGGGAAAACAUGUAUGAAUGUACGAAAGUUCGUCGACUGUCGCUUAGCAACUUCCGAGGAGCAAGUGUUGAGAUUCUUGCGUAAACCGAACCUCAAACAAUUCAGGGCUCUAAGCUCUAACGUAGUCUUGUUUCAGUUCGCUCAAUCGAUAGUCCGUAUGCGACAGCCUCUGUACCUGGGGUUCACUAUUCUCGAGCUGUCUAAAGUCAUGAUGUAUGACUUUUAUUAUAACAACUUGCUUCGGGUAGCCCCGGACACAAGGCUCUUGCGGAGCUCGCCGAUACCCACCUUGAUACAUCUGGUCAUUCUUGUGAUGACUCGAUGUAUUCUACGAAAAACAAGAUGGUGCUAGGAAAAUUUAAGAACGAAAUGCCCCACGACCACAUCCUAGGGUUCUGUUGCCUGAAACCAAAGCUCUAUGCACUAGACCUCCAUAGUAAAAGACGAUACAAUCGUGCUAAGGGGGUGAAACAAUGUGAAGCCCAGAAGUUGCAUUAUUCAAUGUACAUAGACUCUCUUAAGCUUGGUGAAGUGUACAAAGUUUGUCAGAACCUCAUUGUGCGCAAGGAAAAUAUAAAUAAAAGUGUAUGUGUUACGAAAGUAGCUUUAAAUCCCCUAGACACAAAGCGUUUCAUUUGUGAGGAUGGUAUCCACACGUUACCCUUUGGGUACGCAUCCAAUGGAAAGAUGUAGACAGUUUUUAUGCAUAUGUUGCCCUACCUGGCUGUUGUUGUUGUAAUGCUGUUUUUUAUAUAUAUAUAUAUAAGAUUGUGCCUGUAACGACAUGGAAAUAAAUACAAUUUUAUUGUGUCAAAGUACACUGCAACAUGA